CGUUUUGGAUACGUUUUAUUUUGUCUUUGUUCGAAGUUGGUGUGGCAUUUGUAUUUUGGUAAAAGCUUAGUUUUGUUGUGAUUCAUUUAGAAUUUUUUAUCUGUAUUGCAACUAUAUAUAUUGAAUACUGUUUUAAACGUUGCAGCAUCUGUGUUUAUUAAGAUUUUUGCGUUAAAACUCAACCAGCACCAUUGAAGACUCGGUUCACUAUUGCACUUCGGGUGCCGAAGACAGUUGCCAAGACUCCAUUCUGGAUAUGUCCCAAUGCAACUCUGCUGAGUUGUCGACCAAUUUAUCCAACUCUACCCCACCUUACGACGGCAGUGAAAUGGAUUUGGACGCGGAAGAACUUUUCAAUGAACUUGGUGAUGUAUUGUUAAAUGACAGUAAUGUCUCUGAUAAAACUAUGGAGAAUAAUUCCCCAGUAAAAUCGGAGGAAAAUAUUGAAACUGCAACAAACCCAGUUGAAAAUGAAAAUGAUGAUGCAGAAAUAGGCCAACCUGAUAUAAAACCAAUGAGAAGAUGUAUAGUUAAAUUGCCUGUAAUGAAGAAUUCAAUGCUGGCAAAUGCUAUCGUGCCCAAAAAAUCUGCCCAAAAUGCAGCAAAAAAAUCAAACCGAAAAAAGACUCUUUCUGCCAAAGCAAAAGAAAAUCAAAAAGUAAAAGAUGAGAGACCAUUUGACGAAGGUUUUUAUCCCCAGGAAAUUCCAGAAAUCAAAAGUUAUCCUAACAAUGUAAUUGUUAAGGAGAUAAACAGUUUAGUAGCACAGUUACAAAAUAAAGAUUUACAAAAAUUUGGCGACAAAAGUCGAAAUGCUGUACUUGCGAAAUUGAACAGAGAGAAAAAGAAACACAAAAUUGCACUUCUCGAAACGGAAGUACAUCAUUUGAGAGGCAAAAACAACCGCCUUGAAAAAAUGAAUCAAGAAUUCUCCACCUCUAUACUUGAUUUGCAACACGAAGUAAAAUAUCUCCGCGGAGUUAUUGCCAAUCAAACCCAAUUAUCAAGCAUAUUGUCUGCUGUUUCAACAGUUCCUGGUAUCAAUCUCAACAGUGCUUUGCAUGAAAAAGUUUCUAAUAAGCGAUGCCCUUCUAACGACAGUGGUAUUACUGAGGAACCUGCAGCCAAACGAAAAGCUCUCUUCCCAAUUGAUGGUGAAAUCCUUACAGAAGAAAACGCUGGUGUUUGUUUGCAUGUUUCCAACAAUACAGUCACCAUUGAAAUGUGUGGGAAAUGCAAUGAGAAGCAUUCUCAUGCAAUCAGUCCAUCAAACCAAGAUUCUGCAGUUUAAAAGUUCAUCUGUCAUUGCCACCGAGUUCAUCUGUUAUUGCCACAAACUAAAUGGUCGGUUAAACUAAUAUUGAUUGACACUUGUUGUAUAUAAUUUUUUUCUAAAACUUCUAGACAUUUAUUUUUUCGUUCUUCCUUUGUUGCACUGAGUAGUGCUCACUUUUUGUGGCAAGCAUUUUGGUUUUCUCAUACAUUUAGUUGCAUAUUAUGCUCUUUCCUUUAUUUUGCCAGGUUAACCGAGAAAAAGUGCCAGAAAGGGGUUCAGGAAUUGGAAAUUACAUUUUAAAAUGUCGGUUACUAGUUACAAAUUUUGAUAUAUCUAAUUUUACCCAUAGAACAAAGUUACGCUUUUCCUUUUUAUGACAGGUUACCAAUUCUUGGGUCUGAUUGGGUAUUCGAAAAAGCUAAACCAUGGUGGAGUAUUAAAACAAUGUCAGUUUAUCGUUCCAUCUUGAAAUUACAUUUUCCAAAACCGAUUCUAACAAAAACUUUAAUGCUCUGUUGAGUUAUUCAUGCAGGUUCUUGGUUGGAUUGCACUACCCUUCAACAUUCAAGAGCCAGUGCCCAGUGAAACUACACUACUAGGUACGGUAUAAGGGCCUUGCCAAUACUAUUAAAACGAAAAAGGGCCGUCUCUUUAUUUUAUUUUCCAAAAGAAAAAGGCCCUUUUUCGUUGCAACUUGAAUAAGUUUAAAUACGAGAUUUUCUUCCAGCGCAAAAACCAUGCUUGCCACAAGUGUUCUUCUACAUGUUAUUCGGAUAGUAACUUCACUUUUUGGUAUGUACUAAUGCGUUUGUUGAUAUCGCAGUUUUUGUUAUUGUUCAUGUGUAUAAAGCGCAAUUUCAGAAAAAACCUUAUGUAGAUAUUGUACUAAAAAAAUGGAAAAACUUAAACAAUUUUUUAAAUGAAAAAAAUGCUUCACAUGUAAAGUUCUUUCCCUGCAUAAAAGUAAUUGUACAUAUAUAUAAAUUUGUACUAAAAAAUAGAAUUGGAGCAGUUUUUAUUUAUUAUUUACAGGCUACAGCUAAAUUGCUUGGUUUUUAAUUAAGUAUUUUCAUUCAACCUUUUUAUUUCUGUAAAUUUCAAUUGUGCAAAAGUAAUUCACAACAACUAGUUAACCUAAACUAUUGAAAUAAAUUUCGUUCUUACAUCAGUUUAAGUAGAAUUUCUUUCUAAUGAUCCUGAAUUUCUGAUAUGUUCCAUCUAGUUAUCUACUAUUGCCUAGGUUUGCUUUAGACUUUGCGGUACUCGUACUAACUACCAAGAGAUUUUUUUCUUGGUAUAUUAUUUCAAUGAAAAUUGACCCACGGCAGUUUAUAGUAAUGUGCAGAACUGUAUGCAUCGUUCUGUUUCGCGCAUUUUUAAAGCUAAUUUUCGACACGAACGCCCGAGUUUUUUCAAAAAAAAAAUAGACAGCAGGUAUCAGUGAGGGCUAUAGAACAUUUUAAAACCAAAAUUUCAGGUGGCCACCAGCUAAAGGAUUACCCGUGUCUGCAUUUGUCCAUGCCUGCUUUUCUUAUGUCAUGUCCUUGCAAAUUUAAGCAGCUUGAUUGGGUUAUAUCAUAAACUCAUAAAGUAUGAUCAUGUUGUUCAGCAUUCGUGUCUGCAUUUGUGCAUGAUGAUUGCUUAUACCUGGAAAACCGAGUUUUAUCUUUAUUUUUUUUAACAUGACUACUCUGCAAAUACGUUUGUAAGAAUGUAGUUGCCAACAUUGUAAUCUCAUUAAUUUGUUAUAAGCUAGCCAAAGAGAUUAAAUCCCUUGGCCAGCUAAGUAAGUAUAGGUUAGCCAAAGCGAUUAAGAGGUUUUAAUCUCUGUAGGAUGGCUUGAAAUAAAACGGAUUAAAUUUUUCUCAACAUUUCGGCUCUCAAACACACCGGAAAUCAAAUACGUUUAUUAUUAAUUCGGCAUUUAUUGUCAUUUCCUUUGUUACAAAAAACGCGAACAGCGAAAGUAAACAGUACUAUAGAUAGAAGAAAACACCAGCUAAUAGUGACAGACAUGGAUGCAGACAAAGAAUUGCUGGUUCAGAUAAAUGACCAAACGACAAGAACCGAAGAAUGUCCAACAACAACAACAACAACAACAACAGUUGCUGUACAGCCGACACUCCCGCAGGAAAGCUCAAAGAAAAAGAAGUUUGGAUUUCUAGAUAAAGAAAUUGAGAUUAUAAAUCCAGACGAGGUGGAGUAUUUGGAUUUGCUUUCAAAUCUAGAAACCCGGUUUCGAAGUAGAGCAAAAUACUGGAAGAGACGAGCUACAUGCUUCCGUUACUUAAACAUGUCGAUUAUUAUCACGGUUAUCCUAAUCCAAGUAUUUCAGGUAGUAGUGAUAAAUGUCGAUGAAGCAUCGACUUCAUUUAAACAUCUUGUUGGAACUGUGGCUCCAGCAAUUGCAACAGCAGUGAUUGGACUUCAAACGAAACUAAAACUCGAUGAAAAAUCGAAAAAGUGCAAAUCGGCUGCAGUGACUUACGAUAAGAUGCUUAAGGUCGCCACCUACCGGUUGGAAUUAUACGCAGCAGGUGGUCGCGUGAAGGACAUCGCGGACCUCUGGAACGACUAUUUAAAAGCAGAAGUCGAAGACAUAGUCGGACCUGUUCUACCGAUAUAAAAUUUGGAAUUCAUAAUCGAUUUAUCAUAAAGAGACGAAGGCAACUUUAUGCAUGCUUAACAUUUCUAUCCUAGUGGUUAUUAUUUAUAGUGGGGUGGGGGAAGGCGGGACACUUUUACCACAUCAUGUCCAAAUAUCCUGAUCGUGUUUUAAACAAUCAACAGCGGUCUAUGGGAGUCGGGAAGACAAGGGUUUAUAAUUCUUUGAGUGUUUUUGGUUUACUAAUAAAUGGGAUGAAAAAAUAGAAUGGGAAUGUGUCUCAUCUUCCCCCACCCUACUUGAUAUGCUUUUCUACUAAACUGGAGCUUUCGCGCUUUUCGUGCUUCCCUUUUUUCUUUU